AAAAAUGUCCACAGCAGACAUUGCACUCUUUGAGAUAAUCCAAAGGUCCUAAUUGGCUUUAGGAUUACAACGUGUCCUGUGAUUUGAGUCACCACACCGCACCUUAAUGUUGAAACACUGAAACAUCAGAGCAGAGGGCAAACGCAAAAAAGAAGCAAAUAUGUCUCCCGUAGACAUGAAUGGAUUCUGGAAAAUGAAAAGUAAUGAAAACUUUGAUGAAUACAUGGAAGCACUAGAUGUGAAUGUUGUCAUCAGAAAAAUUGCCAGCUAUCUCAUCUUUGAUAAGGAGAUUGUUCAGAAUGGUGAUCAUUUUAAUAUCAAGACUCUCACCACCUUUAGGAACUACCAAAUGGAGUUUGAUGUUGGAAAGGAGUUUGAGGAGGAUUUGGCUGGUAUAGAUGAUAGAAAAUGUAUGACCACUGUUAACUGGGACGGAGACAAACUGGUGUGUGUACAGAAAGGAGAAAAGGAGGGAAGGGGCUGGACCCAGUGGGUGAAAGGGGAUGAAUUACAUGUGGAAAUGCGAGUCUGUGGAGUGGUGUGUAAACAGGUUUUUAAGAAACAAGUUCUCGACUGAUGUGCCUUGAACCACAAGUACUCUACUGUGAAGAAAUGUGAACAUUUCUGCCUAUUAACAAAGACUAUAGAAAACCCUUAAUCUUAAAGGGACUUUGCUAUUAAUAACAGUAAUUGUUGUGUUAAAUAGCCAUUUUUAAGUCUUUUUCAUUCCUCAUGUAAACAAUGUAUGGUGAAAACUUUGUCAAAGAAAAUAAAAUGGGAACACAAAAAUA